CGUAUCUCAGAAGAGGACACGGGGCCAAAGGACAUCCUCUCGCUGCCUGAGGACAUGCUGACACAGCCUGACCCAUGUCUGUUGGAAAAGCAGACAGUGAAGGCCAGGCACUGUCCACCAGAAGAGCCCCACAGAGACCCCCGAGGGACCCGGUGCUGCUGGCAAGCCUGUACCUGACACCCCAGCGUUGCUGUAUUUCCAGGUGACCUCUCAGUAGCCAGAGGCACCAACAGAACCACCAGGAAAGCUUAUCGCGACCGUGCUACUCAACUGGCCCCAGAGAAAUGUGUGCCGGUCCUGUCCUGGCAUGGGCCUGAGGAUGUCCGCCUGCCUCAGCCGUCCGGGCAGCAGCCCAGCACGAAAUCCGGAUCCCAGACCGCCUCUGGGAAGUGCUGAGCAGAAGGGAACCACCUGGCUUUAGGCACGAAUGACUUACCCUCCCCAAACUGUCCUCCCCUGCCGUGCACAGGGCCCGUCUGUCCAGCAUGCUGCUCAGGCUGGGUGUGUGGGGCUCAGAGGAGAAAGCACUGGCUGUCUGCAGGUCCGGGUUGCUUGCGCACCGUCCUGCGGGAGAACUCACGCCCCAGCCAUUCUGAUUCCGUGACUGCAGGCCUGCUGAGGGCCAUGUUGGUGUCCUGCAGGGACACAGAGGAGCCUCCCCAGGACCAGUAGGGGCAGCAUAACCCGGCCACUGGGAAAGGCUCCACUGAGGAGGCCAUUUGAAUUGGGUCAUGAAGGAUGCAUAGGAGUUCGUCAAGACUGUGGCUGUCGUAGGAGGGAAGGCUCAGUGUGGGGCUGAGUCAUUGUUAUGACUCAGCAAUGGGCAGGGUGAGCAAGAGCCCCAGACGGGGCUCCUCCAUGGGGGUCUGCUGAGUGUCUGCUCCUACCAGACCCCUCUGUAAGCCCCAGGAAGGUGCAGAACAGAUGGGUUUCCCGCCCACACGGAGCCAAACCUACCCUGUGCUUGCAACGGCGCACAAGUCUCAGACGAUGACGAUUGCUUCAGUGACAGGGACCCCAGCCGGGGUGCAAGGGCCGCAAGCUCAGGGACUGACCUCAGGAGGGUCCAGGUGAAACCCCGAGGGCAGGCGGUAUGAAGCAGAGGGAACAGCUUGUUCCCUGGGAUAGGAAUGAGCUAGGGACCAACUGAUGGCCAGUGCAGCUGGAGCAGAGUACAAGCUGGGGUCAGAGGGCCAGACGGGGCAGCUCGCAGCCUGAGCCCUGGGAAGUCUGUCCCCACAGGGCGGCAGGAGCCCAGCGCAGCCACGUGGUGAGGGCGCGCUGCUCAGCCAUCCUGCAAACAGAGCUCAGCAUUUCUGCGUGGGGCAGGGCCUCCCCAGGCUAGAGGGAGCAGGACAGAGAGAUGGCGCAGGAGCGGGCGGGGGUGAGGAGGGUCCCGUGUUUGGGCGGCGGUUACACACAAGCUACCUACGGGUGGAGACCGUGUGGUCACCCUCUGUGCUCACUGCCCCCGGCGUCACUCUGAAUCUUCAUCCUCUUGUGUGGCCAGCCGGUCCUGGCAAGUCCCCGGGCAUCAGCCCCGCCGCAGGCUGGUAGGUAAACACAGUCGGGACGCGUCCUCACCGUGUUUCCUGACACGGAGGGGCGCUCGGUGUCGAAGUUCGGCGACCCUGGCGGGAGGAAUCGGGUAGCGACGGCAGAGGCACGGGGCUGAGUCCACACCGAGCUGCCCUAAUCUUCGUGCCCUCCAGAGCUGCUGCCUGUUUGGACUGAGUCAAGGAAGCGGCCAGGCUACACGAGGCCGCACGGUGUGUCCUCGGGGCCUGUGUUCCGAUGUCAGAUUGACCCCACAGCCAUCUCAGCCAUCGAGGGACUCAACCCGCAGUCCUGAAGGUGAACGGAACCCCAGCAGGGUGGCCAUCCAUCCCGCAGGCCGUCACCAGCCCCUGCCUGCACACCGGGGCCCUGGAGGAGGCUGCGCGGUGACGGCGUCCGCCCGCCGCUCAGUCCCAGCGUGAGCUCCACCAGCGUCAACGGGCCCUGCGCGCACACGGCCUGGAGAGAGGGUCUGGACUCUGGUGUCGGUCUGGCUGGAUGAGCGCCGCGGCCGGUGCUCCAGGGGGCCGAAGCUUCCGCGAGUGUCUUCCAGAGUGUGGGUCCCAGCAGUGGGGAGCCAGCUCAGGCAGGCAGGAGGGCAGCACGGGCAGGUGGAGCCAAGAACUCAGGGCCACAGCCUCACCUACAGAGUUUGGACACCGUUCUAGACCUCGUGCAGCCAAGAGCUCCAAGCACGGCAGGACUUGUGGCAGCGAGAAGCCUGUUGACGUCCAAGCCCUGCGGAAGAAGGUCGGCAGUGUGACGUGCGGCCCGGCUGCCCGAGCCGUCCUCAGCAGCCUGCUGCUCUAUAUCACUGACCUCCAGGACAGGCCCCCGGAGCCGCUGCCCGCCAGGACGGCAGAGGGCGGGGAGAGCAGGGCCAGCCACUCGCCUGAGAGCCAGGACGCCCACCGGCGACCCACGUGCUUCCAGCUCCUGCAGGCCAAGUUCAUGGGCACAGGCCGUGAGUUCCGCCUCAAGAAGGCCCGGGAGGUAGGGAGGCUGAUAUCUAAGGACAAGCAGGGCCCCGGCAGGAGUCUGGUGACCGCUACCAUCAACAAGCUCCUGGACAAGGCCCGGGAGGGAGCCGGCCGCCCCAUGCAGGACCGGGAGCCGCCCCCCAGCCAGAAACCCCGGCAGGGCCUCCCCGCCGGGAAGGGCACCGUGAAAAACAUUCUGAAGAUAUUCUUGGCCGCAGAGAAGAAGGAGGUCUGUGAGGAGCCCACAGCGGCCAAGGGGCCUCUGCCCAAGCCCACCAAGAGGGGCUCCAUGCUGUCCAAGCUGCGGGAGAAGUUCGAGCAGAGUGGUUGUCUUUGCUCCGAGGCUGGCGUGCUGCCGCUCCGCACGGAGGGAAGGAAGAAGAACCUGGUGAGGAGGAAGACGCACCGGCCGGAGACGCGCACGCUCAGCACGGCCGCCAUUGCCAGCACCUGCCUCGGGACGCCGCUGGCCCGCUUCCUGGCCUGCACCGCGGAGCCUGUGCUGGCCUUCAACAUCGCCACUGUCGUCUGCGGCCCCCGGAGCUGGCUGUCCCACUGUGCCAAAAUCAGCCAUUCCCGGCAAGGGCAUGUGCUCCGGGGAGGAACAGGCGCGUCCCCCAGCAUGGGGGUCAUAGGAGAUGGACAGGGACAGCCUAGUGGGGAACCCACACAGCCUCCAGCACCCUGGGCCACGGCUCUUGGGGACAGCCUGGAAAUGGCAUUCCUGGGUGAGGGGACCAAGCCCAUCCCUGGGCUAGCCCCCUCUCCUGCCUCCCACAGGGGUGGGCCCCUUCCUGGCCAUGAGCCUGCGGGGUCGCUCCUCAAACCAGCCAGCCCAGAGCGUGCCAGGGCAGUGGGAGACGAUGGGACGGGGAGCCCCCCUGCAGGGGACACUGCACAGCACACCAUGGCGCCUGGGGAAGCUGGGCCAGGCCUGUGGCAGGAGCUCCAGAGCACAGGAGCCGGGAUGGCCCCCAAGUUUGCCCUGACGGUUUGCAGUUCUGAGGAUGAAACAGAAGGAGUGAGUCUAGGCUCGGAGGAAGACGUCCAGUUCGCGCUCCAGGAGACUUUCCCGGAACAGAAGGAAGCGGGACAUAUCCCGCCACUUCCAACGCCUGCGGUCCAGGCCCUGCAGGGCACACAGUCAGCCCUGGAGUCUCCCCAGAUAACUGUCACCCGGCCGGUCACAUAUCAAGUGCCACCAGCUCCUGCCACGCCGCCCCAGGCCGUGGCGUCUCCCCACGUGACUGUCCCACGUCUGGACACCUGCCAAGUGCCACCAGCUCCUGCCACGCCGCCCCAGGCCGUGGCGUCUCCCCACGUGACUGUCCCACGUCUGGACACGUGCCAAGUGCCACCAGCACCUGCCACGCCGCCCCAGGCCGUGGCGUCUCCCCACGUGACUGUCCCACGUCUGGACACGUGCCAAGUGCCACCAGCACCUGCCACGCCUCCCCAGGCCGUGGCGUCUCCCCACGUGACUGUCCCACGUCUGGACACGUGCCAAGUGCCACCAGCACCUGCCACACCUCCCCAGGCCGUGGCGUCUCCCCACGUGACUGUCCCACGUCUGGACACGUGCCAAGUGCCACCAGCACCUGCCACGCCGCCCCAGGCCGUGGCGUCUCCCCACGUGACUGUCCCACGUCUGGACACGUGCCAAGUGCCACCAGCUCCUGCCACGCCGCCCCAGGCCGUGGCGUCUCCCCACGUGACUGUCCCACGUCUGGACACGUGCCAAGUGCCACCAGCACCUGCCACGCCGCCCCAGGCCGUGGCGUCUCCCCACGUGACUGUCCCACGUCUGGACACGUGCCAAGUGCCACCAGCACCUGCCACGCCGCCCCAGGCUGUGGCGUCUCCCCACGUGACUGUCCCACGUCUGGACACGUGCCAAGUGCCACCAGCUCCUGCCACGCCGCCCCAGGCCGUGGCGUCUCCCCACGUGACUGUCCCACGUCUGGACACCUGCCAAGUGCCACCAGCUCCUGCCACGCCGCCCCAGGCCGUGGCGUCUCCCCACGUGACUGUCCCACGUCUGGACACGUGCCAAGUGCCACCCGCACCUGCCACGCUGCACCAGGCAUCAGGUGGUGGAGACAGAAGUUCUAGUCUUCUGAGUAGUGAAGGCAGGGGUCGGGGUGGGUUUGAAAGUGCUCGAGGGGCGUUUCCCAUGGGGACAGGAAGUGAGAACAUCCGAGCAGCCAGCACGGUUGGAGGCCCCCUCCAAGUUCUGAGUGUCCCUCCGGCAAGGGGUGCCACCAGCAUGGGUCAGGACCUCCCAGCGGCAGCCCCGCAACAAUGUCCCACCCAGGGAAUGGCAAACACCCACGAUUUUGGAGAUUCAAAGGAGCUCCAGCAUCCUGAGGGUCGGGCAGGAGAGGACGUGUCUGAGCUGGCCUGCAAGAAGCGUCAGUGGCCAGCAUCAGGGGACAGGCUGGUCCAUGGCAGGGACACCCUAUGGCAUCAUCCCAUGGCCUCAGGGAAUCGACAGACAAGGGACAGCCCCUCAGUCCCUGACCAUCAGCGAGACCUGCCUACCCAGGCAGGACACCCAGUGGGUGUCUCGGCAGCUCUGGGGGCCACCCCCAGCGACAGAACCCAGUCUGACAGUUCGAGCACUGGGGAAGAGAAGAUCCUGUGUGGGCGCGAGCUCGGGGGGCCGCCCCGAGGAGACUCCGCCCGGCCUGGCGAGCAGGCUACAGGGAGCACCAGCCCUGGCCUCGGCAGUGACAGCCCUGCCCCCUUCAUCGAACGUCCCCAGCCAGCUCCCGGAGCCCCCAGGUGGGAGGCAGCCACAAGGGCCACAGAGAGCCACACUGCACCAGCAGCAGGCAGCGUUCUGAAGUCUGUAGACAGCGUGGCCAGAGGGCGGGACCUAGCGCAGGAGCCAGGGGGCUGCCCCCUGCCAGCGUUCCCCAGCCUUGCAGCCGUGGCCCUGACCCAGGCCUCUAGCCCCCCGCACAGCUCCGCGCCAACCAGGUGCAGCGAGCACCUGCUCGAGAGUAGCACCCGUGUGGGUUUAGGGCAGCGCUGGCCAGAGCCCCCCGAGUCCCUGGCCGCUGUCCCACUGCAGGCGGCAGACACCCCGCUCAGACCGGCUGAGCCACGAGUGAGUGUCGUGGCUCAGAGCAAAGCUAGCGUGGUGGCAGGAGGCAGAGGGGUCCCAGUUGUGCACGGGAGCCCCCGGGGGGGGGUCAUGACCCGAAUCCCAGGGGGAGCUCCCCCCACACCCCUGGGCAGUGCUGCGGUGGAGCCUCCACCUUCUGGGAACCAACAGGCCGAGGAGGACAAGCACGUCCUGCCCAAAGAGCAGGUUCCUCCUGGUGCUGGGGCUCCCUGCCAGCCUCCACCACCUGGAGCAGCAGGAGGGCAGUGGGUGGGUGGGGCACUCCAGAAGGGCCCCGACCCCCCGGCACACUCACCAUCUGUGUCCCUCGUGAGGGCCGGAGUCCAGGACAGAGUCGAGGUUGGGGACAGGCAUCAACCACUGGCAGGCCGGGGGGCACUGGAGGAGGGGGCUGCCGGGCCUGUGAGGCUGGACGGUCCUCCAGACAGGGGCGUGGCUCUGUGGGGCCAGAAGGCUGGGCCACAGGCUAUAAAAAAGGGUCAAACACAGCCCAGGGAGGUCAAGGUGGGCCGUGGUGCUGAGGUGGGGGCCACCGAGGUGGGGACAGGUCAUCAGUGCACUGGUAAAGUUCCAGAACAUGCACGGGGGCAGAGGGCGAGGCCUGCUGAGAGACCCCCUUGGGGACAUAGUGCCCAGGAUGGAAAGAACCAAGAACCAUCCCCCCCAGAGAAGCCGGGGCACCCAGCACAGGCUCAGGCCGGCAGGACGGCACCCCACAUCGUGGCAGGCCCUGCCGACAGCUCGUCAGAAGCAGCAUCUGCUGCGGGUGGGAGCAGGAGGUCCUGCAGACCGGCCCCCAGGGGCAGCCAGGCAGAGGCCGGAGCCCCACACCAGGUGGCAGAAAGCCAGCCUAUAGUGGGCAGGAGCCCGUGGUCUUCUGGCCCCGAGCCAGCGCCUGGCUCCGCAGGGCCCACACCCAAGCCCGGGGGCUGCGAGAUGCCCUGUGCCCCAGCCCAGGAGGGACCCCCAGAAGCCCCGGAGGCAGAGAGCGGUGCGUGGGAGCAUGUGCGGCGCGGAAGGCUGGCGCACUUUGCCAAGUACAGAGCCCAGAGCUUCGGCGACCAGCGGUCCUUCGAUCUGUCCUUCCGACCCACAACCAUCAGGGCCAACGACACAUUCGAACUCCCCAAGUGAGGCCCCGGCUUCCGAACACGGACAUGCCCAGCACCUCUGUUUCCGCACCUCGUCGCGCCCAGACUGCUUCCCUCACACACGCGCGUCCAGAGCGCGGCGAGGAGGACCCCUUUCGCUCUUGGUAACUGGUCCUGGGAGGGUCUGCGUCCCCGAGCUGUGCAGCUCUGCACCAUCUUCCUGGGGCCCACGUGGCUUCUCCUCGGGGACGGAGCAGCAGCAGGACCAGGACGUCCAGGCGCUUGUCCCCACGGGUCCCGUUCUUCACGGUGCUCGAGGGUGCCCAGGUGCAACUGCUGUUUCCACACCUUUGCGCUUGCUGCUGAGCCUGUGGGCGUCUCUCCUGUCCGGCCUUGGUGCCUCGGGCCACCCGGCCCUUUGUGGAGUCAUCUGCCGGCCGCAGCCCCACCUCUCGGCACAGGCGCCAGAGCUGCCCGUGAAGAGCCCAAGGGGCGGGCUCUGGUGGAAGGAGCCCCGGGACACCUGCCUCGGCCCCACGGGAAGCCGCACAGGCGUGGAUGUUUCCAGACCCACAGUCCCAAGGAAACAGCCCUGUGGGUGCCGCUGGCUGAGGACGGGGAACGUCCCCAGAGCCACAUCCCGCGCCCGCCUGCAGGGCUGUCCCGCCUGUCCGUCCGCGUCCGUGGUUCUUCCUGCGGUCCUCGGUCCCUAAGCCUCGGCCUCUGCCGCGUCCGCCGUCUGGAAUCGUCAGGCAUCGCGUGGAAGUGCAGGGAAGGAAAUAAAAGGCCCCGGUAGUCACGUGGCCUUAGGGCAGUUUCUCCGACUGGGGCUGCUUCUCCCUCGCUGUCUCCACAGCACGGCCACGCUGGGGGCACAUCUCGUGUACGGUGUCCAACUCUCAACACUAUCGCCCACCAGGGUCAGGGCCGUCAGGUGGCCUCGGGCCAGCCGCCAGCUCUGGUGUGAGGGGACAGCGGGAGGGCUGCCCCACAGGCGCUGCUCUCAAGACCCCCGGCCGUGGGAGGGGCUUCCCGCGCCUCGAGCUCGCAGUGCUGUCCGCUCUGCUGCGGGUGAGCCACGUUCUCAGCAACGUGGCUGGUCCCGUAACCAAUUCAGCUGGUCCCGUAAACGCUUCCUUGAUGCCUCGGGCUGGAGCCGCGGGAUGUGACCGUGGUGCACGGAGGGUCUCAAGAGGCUAAGCAGGGGCCAGAGGGUCCACGCGGCCAGCUGUGCUCUGUUCAGCAGUGGACACACUGCCAGCUGCCCACCCCUCAGGCCAGUGGUUCAAAGUCUGGCGGAUGGGCACCUUCCACCACUGUGGGGUCACGAGUCCAGGAUCCUCAGGGGUUGCCAAAAUGUGCCGGGCCUCCUCCGUGGAGCAGCGACAGUGCUCCCGCUGCUCCGCGAGGGCCCGCAGCCUGACCCCAUGGGACAGACAGUUGCCUGUGUGCCCCGUGCUGCCCAUGCCCUCAUCUGGGCACCUGGGAGCCCUGGGGGGCACUUCGCCUGCUGCAUCUGGCUCCUACAUGGAGUUGAGGGCUGGCGGGGGACAGGGGCUGUCCCACCUCUGCCGGAGGAAGGGGAUCCCUUUCUGGGGGCUUGCAGGCUGGGGGGUCCGGUGCCCCUGCCCUGGGAGUCUCGGGAAGGCUGCACCUGGUGGGCUGGCUUCCUGGAGCCACAAACCCCGGGCAGCGCCAGUGCCCACACUCGGGUGCGGGGCCCCGCAGAGCCCGGCGGCCACAUCUGCUCACACCCGCUGCCGCAUCCUCCGAUGGGGACCACGAACCGCCACACCUGGCAGGGCACCGCCUUCUUCACUGCCCAUCCUCCUGCUCUGGUCCAGAGGAUCUGAGGCCAUUUGGCAAAGAAUGUGAUGACAGAAGAGAUAAAAAUAUUAUAUUCACUGCGUGUUCUGUUUUUAAAAUAAGCGGUGGGACUGUGUUGCUAUUUUUAAAUAGACCAGAAAGUCCGCUGGAGAAGGCUCAGAGCGGUGUGAGUCCAAGUGGGAACCAGAGCCUCCUCCAGAUGCAGCCUCCAACAGUUUGCACACCCAGCUCAGCUCCACGCCUGGCAAGCGCCGGGGGCGACAGUGACCUGCUCAGCCGGGGUGCCCUGCUCCCUGUGCACCAAGUCCGGCCUCAGGUGCCCUGCCUGGGCUGGAGCAGCUCGCUGUCGUGGGGGCUGGACGGAGCUCAGUGGGCGUUCCCACUACACAGAGGCCAUGCGGGCCCAGGACCCCCAUGGAAGCAGGUGCCCCCACAGGAGGAAGGCCCCCGAGCCCCCAUGCAGCAGAACAGUUGGUGGCAGAAGGGGGGCCGCCUGGGCCGUGGGCAUCGGGACAAGGGGGCGUGUGUAUGAGCCGGUCGGCCCAGGGGCGCACUGCGCUCUCGGGGCGGCCGUGGACACGAAGGCUUGCUUCAGCCUGCAUGGCUCCUUCUGAGGUUUACGGACCUCCCGGGUACCCAGCCUGCUGCGCUGUUGGGGAAUUCCUGCUGGUGAAAACUCCCAGGAGCCCGCCCGGGUCUCAGGUGCGCCAUCUGUGAGUGCCCGUGGUUAGGAUUCUGCCAACUCAGUGUCUCUUCCUUCUUUGAGUUUUGAUUUUGUAAUUACGUGAUUGUGUAAUAACCCACAGCUGUUUGAUUCCCCGUUCUAUUUUACCCCUUUUGUAUACAAGUAUCUCAAAAAUGGGUUUCUCUGGAAAAAACUACUAACUAUAAUUUGUUGUAUCUGUUGUGUUCUUCCCUUUGAAUUUUUACCAACUUUAUUCAGCGGGAGACAAUUUCAAAAGCAGAAAUAAAAGAUGUUUCCUGUCUCAGC